AUGUCGUACCAGGAAAAGCACCCGCUGCUGCCCACGACCACUGCACCUCCCGCCUCGAACCGCAGACGCUAUCUUUGGCUAGCCGUGCUCCUCCUGCUCGCGCUUCACCACCUCUGCUCAUCCCGCAGCAAUCACUCUGCCUCCGAAUGGGGAAGUUUCCCCCGCACGGACGACCCGUUCCACUUUCUACCAUGCACCAACACCACCCUGCCCCCACCUCUCGAUGACCCGAACCCGCUCGCUUUGUGGACCUCGCUGUUCGAUCCGGACCGCACGCACUGGUCCUUUGGCAAUUCCUCCGGCCUCUACCUGUGCGGGUAUCUCGACGUGCCGCUCGACUACACCUCCCCUUCCGAUCCGCGUAUCGCCCGCCUGGCCGUAACGAAGCUGCAACACUCUCCCAUCGCUUCCAACCGCACGCUGAUCGUCGAACCUGGUGGACCGGGUGGAUCGGGCACCAAUCUGGUCUGGCGCAAAGCGGAGAAGGAUUCGCGCAUGUUCACCGACUCGACCUGGGACGUGUUGGGUUGGGACCCUCGCGGGGUCAACGCCAGCCAACCCUCGAUCAGCUGUUUCCCCUACGACGCGGAUCGCGAUCGUUUUGCGUCAACCUUCCUCCGCGACUCCCCCUCUCCGCUCCACGAAUUACUCAAAACCGACUCGCUUAACCAAGCCAUCUUUUCGGCGUGCUCCCGGAAAUACGGCGAUGUCGCGACCAUGCUCACCACCGCCUUUGUCGCACGCGAUCUGGACGAAAUCCGCAAAGCCCUGCGCAGCGAACACGUGGAUGGGUACUUUGUCAGCUAUGGAACGGGGAUCGGUCAGACGUAUGCGAAUAUGUUCCCCGAUAAAGUGGGCAGGUUGAUGCUGGACGGGACCGAGUAUGUGCGGGAUCAGAGGUUGAUCGGUGGGUUUGGCUGGGCUGCACUGGACAACAUCACCGCUGCGUUCGAGGAUGGAUUUUUGGGCGAAUGCGUCGAUGCCGGUCCUGAUCGCUGUUCGCUUGCCAAACCGCUUCCGGGUUCCACCGAACUCCCCACCAAAUCCGACCUGAUCUCUACGUUUGACCAGCUCUUUACCAACCUCACCCUUCGCCCCCUCCCCGGUUGGACCGAGAACUCGGGCCCGCUGAUCAUCACCUACACCUCGAUCAUCUCGCUCAUCUACACGUCGCUCUACGCUGCCUCCACGUGGCCCCCUCUCGCCAGCGCGUUCCACGACCUGCUGCAGGGCAACACGAGCGCGAUCUCGCAGUACGUGGACGAUUCGUGGGAGUUCGAUCCGCACUUCCCUGCGAGGCACUCGUCGGACGAGCUGGGGAUGCUGGUGAUCUGCUCGGAUCAGUGGGACUCGCCUCUACCCGCCACCUACGAUGUCGCGACGAAUGGCGAGCAGUGGUACUUGGAUCUGUGGAAACGCAUGGUUUCGCAGUCGGAGAUCGGCGGCAACGGUCGCUUCUUCGACAUCCUACCCUGCCGACACUGGAACGCCACCUUUGGUCCUCCUAAAGAAGUAUACCGCGGCGCGCUCAACCACACCCUCUCCCAUCCCGUCCUGCUGAUUGCAGAGACGUACGAUCCAGCUACACCGCUGCGCAACGGUCGUCGGUUGUUGGACGAGAUGGGUGACGGAAACGCAAGGUUGAUCGCGUUGGAUGCGUUCAGCCACUCGUCGAGGGAUUUGAGCAAGUGUGCGAUGGACAUCAUGCGCAGGUACAUGCUGACCGGCGCACUUCCAGACGAAAGAGAGACUGGAUGCAAAGCGGACCACAGACCGUACAGGGAUGUCGAGGCGCACAGUUGGAAGGACUACAUUGCUGAGCUGCGGUCCCUCUCGCCGAACCUCGUCAAACGGUAUCGCUGA